AUGGAAAUAUUCUUGGGCAGCGGAUUUCUCGGACUAAACGUCAUCCACACUUCAGCACAUUUCGCGCCAAACAUUCCCAAAAAAUGCGUUUGGAGUGCGUGUGACAGACGCAAGAGCAAGAAAAAGAUGGAGCACAAAAAAACACUGAACCCCCAGAAAAGAGCAUUCUUAUGUGUUCCCUCGCUUGCCCUCGCAUGUCUCAUUUCCGUGGGGCGGGCCUGUGAAAUAUGCGGGGGGCAGCCGGGCCCAUCAAGGCGAUUCCCAUUCGCAAGCGUCAUGACCCGCCGUAAGCUCCCGAGCACACGUUUUUGCAUACCACGCGCCCGCUUUACUUUGAUGACAGUUGCGGGACUCCAGCUUCCCCAGUGUGUCCCGCAGUUUCUUGCCCUCUUGCUUUCGCUCUUCGUUUACAAUUCAUUCCUGGCAAGUAUUCCUCUCGGGUGGUCGCCUGUUGCAAUGAUGAGGCGCAAUGGAAAUCGUGAUGAGCAUCGCCAGCGACACAAUUCAGACACAUCAGUGGCAUUUAGGCUUGGCGCCACACGGGACCCGGCGCUUCGCUCGCCCAAUGAAAAGCUGCGGCCCCGUUGGUCUGGAAAGCGCGCGGCACAAGUCGGUAUCCCCACGCGGCAAUCAAACGGCUCAGAAACAGCGCGUCAUCAGAGGCACGCUCGGCACACCCCACUGCAGAGCCAGUGGGCAAAUUUAGAGCAAAUUGGCACGACUGCGGCGGGCCAUGGCGGACGGCAGGAAUCAUCUCGCGGUAUUGUACGGGGUAAAAGUCUACAAUUCGCUGUGGCAGCCAGGCGCAGAACAGAUCGUCAAUGGCGACAAAAGAUGUUCGCCACGUGUCUGUCUCAGCCACAUUCGCUAAGAAUAAUCGGCGGCGUUGGGUUUCUUGUGUCAAAGAGUAGAGGAUAA